AAGUGGAUAUGUCUCCUCGCGCUCCGCGCAGGUCGACAUUAAAUGUAAACCAAGUCACGCACGUGACACGUAGCCCACCUGGGCGUGCGUCUAUAAUUAGCACGUGGAAGGCUACGUACGGCCUCUGGGAUCUUCUCGCCGUCAACCGUCGCGUGUUUCGCAGGUUGGUCGCUCCUAUAAGUCCGUGUUUCGGCGCUUAUUGGGUAUUGCAGGUCUAAGAGAGCAGAACUCUAGUAGCCGGAAGCUUGAUGCUGGCGCUUCUUUUCCCCUGUUGAGACCGGGUGGGGAGGAGCGGACAGCUGCAGUUUUCAGGUGAGUGGAAGCUGGAUGUUCUGACUGCGUUCUGAAUGCCGCAUCCCACAGAGGAAGAGGCCUCGGCUGGAGAGCCCAUCUCGGCUGGAAGUGGACUCUGAGGGCCGAGGUGGAGCAGCUCAAGGCUCUACUCAAGGCCCACGCCUGCCUUCCAAGCAGCAGCAGCUUGGGAGUCGGGGGAGGACCUGGAAGAUGAUGGAGUCUCUGUGAGGGCCUCCAAUUCAGAGUUCCAGUCCCUGGAGGACCAGCGGGACCCCUUCCAGACUCUCGGGAUCGGGAGGGGGAUCCCUCGAGUAUUGGAGGAAAUGAUGGCUCAGAACUUUUUCGACUUGUAGGAUGUUUUCUGCGAGUGGAUCAUUUCGAGGUUUUAGAGGAGCCAGUUUUGCACAAAUGCUGAAUCUGCCACCGACAUCAGGACCGAGAGAGUCAAGUAAACAUAAGUCUACCAUCAAUGGUCCUUGGGAAGGUGAUUCAGUCAUGCAAGGAACUAAGUCGUUCAGACCUGGUCCUUUUGGGAAGUCUAAAGUCUCUCCCAAAGUGCUGGUUGAAAAAUACAAGAAUGGCGAAACAAAUGCUCUGUCUUUGCUUCAUCAGCUUGCCCAUGUUUUACUGCUCCAUCUAGAAAUCAAGGAAACAGUCACCGCAGGCAACAUAACAGGAUUUUAUUUUGCCUUUGCUGUGGUGAUUGAUGGUGUUCAACACAGGACUGGCAUGGGAGUGACUAAGAAGGAGGCUCGUCUAAAUGCAGCAAAGCUUGCUUUGGAGGAGUUUUUGCCUCACUUGGGCUGCCUUAAAUCUGAUCUCCCGCGAUCAUCAGACGUUCCUCCACCCUUGCCAGUGAAAGAAGAGCCAUCCAUCUCUGACAGCUAUCCUUGCAGAGCCUUUUACGAAAGGAAGAGUUCAGUCAACCUCCAGAUUCCACAUGCUGUGAAGGAUCAGCUCUCUAAACUGAUAAAUAGACACCAGGAGUUUUCCACAUGUGGAGACACAACAGCAGCAUUCAUUAUCAAAACUUCCACUGGAUGUGAGGUGGUCGCUCUUGGGACGGGGAACUUCAACUCCAAAGAGGGUGUGUCAUCAAAUGGACGGGUUGUCCACGAUUCCCAUGCCGUUGUCACAGCACGGAGGUCUUUAAUGAGGUAUCUGUAUCGGCACCUGCUGAUGUAUUUCAGCAAAAAUGCCAAUCUGACUGAAAAGUCAGUCUUCACGCCUAGCGCCAACAGCAACCUCCUCAGCCUGAAGAGUGGGAUUACCCUGCACCUGUAUGUAAACCAACUGCCUAAGGGUGCAGCUCAGAUCCCUACCAAGCUGCGCCUGAACCCUUUUUCCAUCACAACAUUGCAAGUCAACAGUGAGAUCAGCCUACACCUGUUGGUGGAGGGCAAGGUGCUUUCAAUUUUCUCCUCAACCUUUGAUAACUCUGCUUGCGAGACGGUCAGCAUGUCCACCACUGACAAGAUUACUCAGUGGCAGGUGCUAGGAUACCAAGGAGCCUUACUGAGUCACUUCAUUGAGCCUGUCUAUGUUCAAAGCAUCCUUGUAGGUGACUCUGGGGGCACUGAAAUCAGAGGGAUGGAGAUGUCUGUGAACCAGCGUGUGGAGGGAAUCACCUCCCAGCUGCCCAUGUUCUACUGCAUGAUGCGACCCCAUAUCAGCCUAGUGCCUUCUGUAGUCACCUCUAACACAGGUAGCAGUCACCUGACUUAUGGUAUCAACUGGAGUGAAGGAGACAGCUCUGUGGAAAUUGUGGAUGGUCUAGAGGGCAAGACCAUCGAAGAGUCCCCAUUUAAGAGUGGUCCUGCUUUGGCAAGCCGCUUGUGCAAAGCAGCAAUGCUGCACCGCUUCAGGUUGGUGGCCAAAGAGGCCCAGAGACAGGACCUAGUCACUACAAGCUGCUACAGAGAAUUAAAGAUGAUGGCUAAGCCGUACCAAGAGGCCAAACAUGUGCUGCGGGCAUAUCUGUGUCAGCAGGGCUUUGGUUCAUGGCUGGAAAAACGUCCUGAUAAUGGCAACUUCACUGCUUAAAGAAAAAAAAUUCAAUGUGAUUCUAAUUCAAUUUUGAUUGGCAAAAAAUAAAGCCUAUAUUUUGUUCUCCAAAAGCAUCACCUAUUGAGCUUGAUGGCUUUACGAGUUUGGUUGUGGUUCCUCAAAGUCCUCAAAUUUUUCUCUGUUUAUCUGUUUGUGAAGGUAAGAAGGAACAGACAUAAACAUAUCUGUUAUAUUUGUUGUUUGUAGCUUCUAAUCAUUUUAGUUGGCCAAUAUUUAUGGCUUUACUUUAAAAUAAUGUAUGAUCAUAAAGGGAAAAUUGUGUGCUUUCCCUAAACAGUUUAUCUUCGUUCUAAAAUAGUCUUCUGUGUGGAAAUGACUGUGCAGAUUGUAUUGUCAUUAGGUUUAAUUACUGCCUUAGUGGUUUUUGGACUUGAAAAACAGUUUGCUCCAUAUUAAGGGAUUUGUUUCUAUAUACACAGAUGGAACAAUAAAACAAAAUGUAUGUUAUAAAAACUA